AUGCCUGUUUCCCCAAAGAAUAUUCUAGUGUUUUGCGACGGAACGGGCCAAGAUGGUCUAAUCACAGAGGAAGCCCCAUUGGAUAAAUCCGCUAACCAUUUCACGAAUGUGUUGAGAUUAUCCCGAGCAAUCACAAAGACCUUUGUAGAUGAGGAAGGGGACGAACGGUUACAGAUCGUUUACUACCAGAGUGGAGUUGGGGUUGCCACUGACUUUAACGGAGAAGAAGCCUACUCGGAUAGCGCCAAGAAAGCGUUCGGUACUGCCGUAGCAAGCAAAAUCCGUGAUGCGUACAAUUUUAUUGCCCAGAAUUAUAUAGAAGGAGAUGAGAUCAGUAUCUUCGGAUUCUCACGAGGUGCUUACACCGCUCGCAAAAUAUCCGGCCUCAUCGACCGAUUGGGACUUCUCGCUCCAAAGGAUAUGGGGAAGUUCUUUACCUACUGGAAACAGCUUAACGGCAAACUUUCGGGAAGCCCGCCUCGCCCUGACAAACCGGUCCCAAUUAAGUGCCUUGUAACUUGGGAUACAGUGGGAUCGGUGCGCAAUGGCACCCAAGAGGUAAUUGACGCCCUUCAGCUAGAUGACGACAAGCUCGCAUCCAACGUCGAGAACGCUUGGCAUGCGGUAUCCUUCCAUGAGAACAGAGAGAAGUUCAUGUGCACUCUUUUCGGCGGAGCAGCGGAGGGUCAGACACUGAAACAGGCAGCUCACUCUGACGUUGGAGGUGGCUAUGCAGAGAUGGAACUUGCAGACACCACUUUGGCUUGGAUUGUGGGUGAGAUAUCCAAAUGUGUGGGCAUAGACGAGGAUUUCAUUGAAAAAUCUCUGAGCAAUGUCGACAACAAGCCGAAGUGGGGAACAGCAACUCCCCAUAACGCCUAUGUCGCAUCCGGUUUCUUGCGUCCCCUCAUGGGCCGCGAGAACAGGCUGUCACUUAUAAACAAGGACUCUGUUCUGCACCCGAGUUUGCUUCUUGCGCCUGAUACCAAGGGCAUGGUGACGAUCUCUGACCUGAAGAAACACUUGAAGGUGUCUGAUCUUGAGAAAAAUACCUGUGAACUGAAUGAGUUCGAGGCAAAGGUCAGGGAGUUCUGGCACGAUAAAUUCCGCGAUGGCAACGAGAUACCUCAGUUCGAGACUCAGGACGAUGCCGAGGGCUUGGUGUAG